AUGGAAGCAAACGGGGAUAUUGGAGCAAAGCGCAAGCGCACAGCCAUCGCCGGCGCCGUGGAGCGGCCCGCGAAACAUCUCAAGCCUGAAGGCUCGGUCCUCACCCCCGGGGACUCUACCCCGGCCAAUGGGACUGUCUAUAAUGUGGAAGAGGAGAAUGAUGCCGGCCACAUGCUUGCUCUGGGGCCCGCGCAGGCAGAUUCGCCUGAAUGGCAAGCUACCAUCGAGACUGUCGUUAAGAGCGUGGUCUCGAUCCAUUUCUGUCAAACGUGCUCCUUCGACACCGAGUUGUCGAUGAGCAGCCAGGCCACCGGUUUUGUGGUCGAUGCAGAGCGUGGAUAUAUCCUGACCAACCGACAUGUCGUCGGUGCGGGUCCGUUCUGGGGAUAUUGUAUUUUCGACAACCAUGAAGAGUGCGACGUCCGACCCGUAUAUCGGGAUCCCGUUCAUGAUUUCGGCAUUCUUCAGUUCGACCCGAAGGCCAUCCGCUAUAUGAAGCUUACGGAGCUCAAACUACAACCCACGGGAGCCCAAGUUGGUGCGGAAAUUCGGGUGGUUGGUAACGAUGCUGGAGAGAAGCUGAGCAUUCUGUCUGGUGUCAUCAGUCGGUUGGACCGCAACGCACCGGAGUACGGCGAGGGCUACAGUGAUUUCAACACAAACUACAUCCAAGCUGCGGCUGCCGCCAGCGGUGGUAGUUCCGGAAGUCCGGUGGUGAAUAUCGACGGCAACGCUGUGGCUCUGCAAGCCGGUGGCCGUGCUGAUGGUGCUGCUACAGACUACUUCCUGCCGUUGGAUCGGCCACUCCGUGCGCUUGAGUGCAUCCGCCAAGGCGCGCCGGUGACCCGUGGAACUAUUCAGACCCAGUGGAUCCUCAAGCCCUUUGACGAAUGUCGUCGUCUUGGUUUGACUCCAGAGUGGGAGGCGGCUGUACGCAAGGCUGCCCCUGCUGAAACUAACAUGCUUGCAGCUGAGAUCAUCCUUCCGGAAGGCCCUGGAGAUGGCAAGCUGCAAGAAGGCGAUGUGCUGUUGAAGGUGAAUGAUGAACUUCUCACCCAAUUUGUCCGCCUUGAUGACAUUCUGGACUCCAGCGUGGGCAAGACCGUCCGGCUGCUGGUUCAGCGAGGCGGAGAAGAUCUCGAGGUUGAGUGUGAGGUAGGUGACCUCCACGCCAUCACCCCGGAUCGAUUCGUCACGGUUGCCGGUGGUACUUUCCACGAUCUAUCGUACCAGCAGGCCCGUCUCUAUGCGAUCGCUACCCGCGGAGUGUAUAUAUGUGAAGCUGCUGGCUCAUUCAAGCUCGAGAACACCCUGUCGGGCUGGAUCGUCGACUCGGUGGACAAGCGUCCCACUCGCAAUCUUGAUGAAUUCGUAGAGGUGAUGAAGACUAUCCCCGACCGCUCGCGUGUGGUCAUUUCAUACCGCCAUAUUCGCGAUCUGCACACCAAGGGAACCAGCAUCAUCUAUGUCGACCGCCACUGGCACCCAAAGAUGCGCCUGGCCGUCCGUAACGAUGAGACUGGUAUCUGGGACUUCUCAGACCUUGCUGAGCCUAUUCCUGCCGAGAUUCCUGUUCCCCGAAAGGCAGACUUCAUUCAAUUGGAUGGCGUGAGCCAGCCUGCUGCAGCCGAAAUUGUACGCAGCUUUGUACGCGUCUCUUGUACCAUGCCUCUCAAAAUCGACGGCUAUCCACAAGCCAAGAAGACUGGCUUUGGUCUAGUCAUCGAUGCUGAGAAGGGCUUAGUUGUCGUUUCUCGGGCUAUUGUCCCGUAUGAUCUCUGUGACAUCAACAUCACUGUCGCCGAUUCUAUCAUCAUCAGCGCCAAGGUUGUAUUCUUGCACCCGCUGCAGAAUUACAGCAUCAUCCAGUACGACCCCAGCCUCGUCCAGGCGCCAGUGCAAAGCGCUCGCCUCAGCUCCGAUUAUAUCAAGCAGGGCCAGGACACUAUUUUCGUUGGGUUCAACCAAAACUUCCGUAUUGUUGUGGCUAAGACUGCCGUCACCGACAUCACCACAGUUUCAAUUCCCGCCAAUACUUCUGCUCCGCGAUACCGGGCUAUCAAUCUGGAUGCCAUCACAGUGGACACCGGUCUCAGCGGACAGUGUACCAAUGGUGUCUUGAUCGGUGAAGACGGUGUGGUUCAGGCUCUAUGGCUGAAUUACCUUGGUGAGCGUACUCCGGGUUCUCACAAAGAUGUCGAGUACCACCUUGGAUUUUCUACGCCGUCAUUACUUCCUGUUACCUCCAAGAUUCAAGAAGGCAUUACUCCAAGGUUGCGCAUCCUCAACAUGGAGAGUUAUGUUGUGCAAAUGAGCCAGGCGCGUAUUAUGGGUGUGUCAGAAGAGUGGAUUCAGAAGGUCGCCCAGGCCAACCCUUCCCGCCACCAGCUCUUCAUGGUCCGCAAGGUGGACUGUCCGCCCGCGACCUUGGCCUCUGACGCCGACUCUUUCCAGGAAGCCGACAUCAUUCUCACCCUGGACGACCAACUCAUCACUCGUGUCUCGGAGCUGGAUAUGAUGUAUGAGAAGGAGUUCCUUGAUGCUUUAAUUGUGCGAAACGGGCAGGAAAUGCGUAUUCGUGUUCCGACUAUCCCAACAGAGGACCUUGAGACUGACCGCGCAGUUGUCUUCUGCGGUGCUGUUCUGCAGAAGCCUCAUCACGCUGUGCGUCAGCAGAUCUCUAAACUUCAUAGCGAGAUCUAUGUGAGCGCAAGGAGCCGCGGUUCUCCCGCCUACCAUUAUGGUCUUUCGCCUACCAACUUCAUCACUGCUGUCAACGGUGUCGCAACUCCUGACCUGGAUGCCUUUGUCAAAGAGGUUAGCAAAAUCCCCAACAACACGUACUUCCGUCUCCGCGCAGUGACUUUCGACAAUGUACCAUGGGUGGUUACCAUGAAGAAGAACGAUCACUACUUCCCCAUGUCUGAAUAUAUCAAAGACCCCUCCACAUCUGCCGGCUGGCGCACCGUGUCCCAUGACAAGCGCGGGGACAAACUCGGCGCGUCUCCGGACGCCGUUAAUCUCAACUUCGACGCGAUGGAUGAGGGGCUCGAGGAUGGUGGCAGUGACAUGGAGCCUGACUUCGAGUAA